AUGCCUUUCAUCCCAUCGGAAGUACCGUUGCUGUCGGCUUGUGCUGCCGGGUUCGCCGGUUCGAUCGUGUUUCUUCGGCUGUACAAACUACGCAAAUGGGGCCGCGUACGGUCCACGUUUUCGUUGCGUGGCAAAACGUUCCUCAUCACCGGUGCCAAUACGGGGCUCGGAUACGAAACGACAAAAGCCCUCGCACGACGCCAUGCGACGGUCGUGAUGGCGUGCCGCAACAUGUCCAAAGCACGGGCGGCCAUUGCGAAACUCGAAGCGGAACUUGGCCCCGUAACGGUUGGUGGUUCGCUCAUCCCCAUGCAGCUGGAUCUAGCCUCGUUCCAGUCCGUGCGUCAGUUUGCCGGUGAGCUCGAACGGACCAUUCCCCGGUUGGACUGUUUGGUGAACAAUGCUGGACUUGCGGCGAGGACACCAGAGUUUACCCACGAAGGCUACGAGAUACACUACGGUGUGAACCACUUGGGUCAGUUCCUGUUGGUGGAUCUGCUAAAGAAGCGCCUUCUGGAGCAGGGGACACGAGUCGUGGUGGUGUCUUCACGAAUGCACGAGAUCGAGGCCGAGAUCGAUUUCGAUAAUCUUGGCCGCUGGGUCGAGUAUGACAGUCGAUUGAACCGGUUGUACAAUAACUCAAAGCUGAUGAAUUUCUACUAUGCCCGCGAACUCUACAAACGGGGCUUCAACGUGCACGUGCUCUGUCCGGGCCUGUGCCAUACGGACUUCUUCCGCCAUUACGACCCGAAGUGGUACCACUAUCUGAUUUUCUCACCGAUCGUAUGGCUCAUGCUGCGCAGUGGCGAACAGGGGGCCCAAAAUAUCAUCUUCGCGGCCACGGAAAGUGCCACGACACCGGAGCGUAACCCCGUCACGGGAUACUUCAUAUCGAACGUCAGAAUGCGUCGUUCCAAGUUCCAUUUCGAUGAAGAAACCUCCGCUCGGCUGUGGGAUGAAAGUGUCCGCGCAAUCGAACGAAGAGAUGGAACGGUUGUGAAGGCUCUCUAG